AUUCAACUAUACACACUAGCAUACAACUCCUCCGGUGUUUUACGCAAGCUCAAUUCUCUCUCCCUGUGACUCUCUUCUCUGCGUGUUGAACUCAAGCAAAGAAUCCAUUAGUGCUCUUGCCUUUGAAGUCAUCACGCCAACCGUCGCGCAUGGCUAAUAGGCAUACCAUCAUUCUGAUGCAGACCUCUCAAAAUAGAGCGACUAGAACAUUUAUGGAUUAUGAUUCAAUAAGUCAAGCUAUGGAUGGUAUAUGUGGGCUAUAUGAAAGAAAGCUUAAGGAACUAAAUCCAGCCGUCAGAAAUAUCACUUAUGACAUUGCAGAUCUCUACAAUUUUAUUGAUGGCCUUGCAGACAUGUGUGCUUUAGUUUAUGAUCACUCAGUUAAGGCAUAUCUUCCAUAUGAUAGACAGUGGAUAAAACAGCGGACAUUUCAACAACUUAAGAAAUUGGCGCACUAGAUGAGACGCUGAUUGUAGUAUCUAAUUUCUACGAAGGUUUUAUGUAGAAUUAAAUCCACCUGGAAGGGAAUAUCUAAGAAGUGCAGAUUUGAUUUGUCAUUUUCAUUGUGGGUUUGGGUUUGGUUCUGAAUCCCUACUUAUUUAAUGUGGCAAAUUGUACACUCUCUUUCCUUCUCACUUUUAUGUGCCUAUAUUAUAAAUAAUAACAGUGGCAGUUCUCUGCUUAAAUUCCUGAUGAGAAGCGAGAGAUUGUUUAUUUGGUCAGUGUAUCCUUUUGACAAGUUGGAUUGUUUACUUGACCUGGUAAAAUGCAUUGUGCUGUUGCAUGUAGACUUUAGGUUACUUGUCAUUUGAUGCCCCUUUAUGAGUUACUCCCAGUGUACAUUGUUUAUGGUAUCACUCUUGAGAGAGUGAUUCUUGAAUACAAUUUUACCUUUGUCUUCUGA